UUCGCGCGUAAACGGAGGCACGCCUCCACCGUCGAGCUCGAGUGUCGCUGGCGGCGCCCCAAGAGAGAGCGUCCGACUGCUCCCGAGGACGUACUGCGAUGCGAUACGAUCCUGAAGCCGGAGAAGGGGACCCGCGCAUGGCGUUCCACCCGUUCCUGCUUCCUUCAGCGGCAAGACCGACAGACUUCAGCAUGCACUCCAUACUGAGUCAGCAGCCACCCUACUUGCCCCUGGGAGGAUUUCCACUGUUUCCCAAGCUGCAUCAGGCGGGAUCGAGCUGUCCUCCGCUCACCCCCGAAGAAGUGCUCGCUGUGCAUCAGUCUCAGCUGCGGGGAACUCCCAUGCGGCCCAUUGAGCCGGAAGACGACGGUGUGCAGGAUGAUCCCAAAGUGAGUCUCGAAUCGAAGGAACUGUGGGAAAGGUUUCAUGCGUUCGGAACGGAGAUGGUGAUCACCAAGUCUGGAAGGCGCAUGUUCCCCGCCUACAAAGUGCGUGUGUCCGGCCUGGAUAAGAAGUCCAAGUACAUUCUCCUUAUGGACAUUGUGGCAGCGGACGAUUGCCGCUAUAAGUUCCACAAUAGCCGGUGGAUGAUCGCCGGCAAGGCAGACCCCGAGAUGCCCAAGCGGAUGUACAUCCAUCCAGACUCCCCUUCAACGGGAGAACAGUGGAUGCAGAAAGUGGUCUCCUUCCACAAGCUCAAGCUCACCAACAACAUCUCCGACAAGCACGGAUUCACGAUCCUGAACUCGAUGCACAAGUACCAGCCCAGGUUCCAUCUCGUGCGAGCCAACGACAUCCUCAAGCUUCCUUACAGCACCUUCAGGACGUACGUCUUCAAAGAGACGGAAUUCAUCGCUGUCACUGCUUACCAGAACGAAAAGAUAACGCAGCUGAAGAUCGACCACAACCCAUUCGCCAAGGGCUUCCGUGAUACAGGUGCGGGAAAGCGGGAGAAGAAGAGGCAAGCAAUGUUACUGCAGCAACAGCAGCAUGACUUGCAACAACGCUCUUCAGGCAGCCAUAGCACGAAUAGCCAUCAGCAAGGUUUAUUUUCGAGCCACGAAGACUCCAGCGAAGACGAGGACAAACUAGACGUUGGCGAGCCCGCUGACCUACGACCGGAAAGAUUACUGGACCGCCAGGGCUGUUCUGACGUCAAACGAGGUGAAAGCUCCGAAAAGCGUCCAACGCCAUCGUCAUCGUCCACCGCACCCACGGAGACCAUCGACGGCAACAGUCUGAGUCUUGGCGCUGAAUCCGGUCUGCCGCAACCGUCUCCUCUCCUCCCUUACUUCUACCCUCCUGCCCUUUAUAAUCCUGGACUGAGUCUCCCGCAGCUGUUCUUCCCUGGUGGUGCCAGCGGAAUGGCUGCCGCCGCCGCCGCUAAUCCAGCGGCGCUCUCAUUCCUCAUGGCCGCUAACCAUCCGCUCCUGAACCCUGCUGGUUAUUCCGAGAUGGCAGCGCGCCUGAAGCAAUACCGGUUCUCACCCUACACCGUUCCUACACACUCCACUACCGCGAACGCCAUGGCGUCGUCCUUGUUCACGGCCGGCUUUGGCCUGCACUCUGGGCCCGAAGCGAGUCCGUCGUUGCCCCGUUCGCCGUUCGAGAGCAGUCUUCUUCCGAACAGCCUGGCACGGGCACCGUCUACAACGCCGCCUGCGGUCGACUCUAGCAAACCGUGUUCACCUGCUGGUUCGGACAGCGGGAAUGCGACGGAAGGACAGGCAUCGAGGAGACACAGCUCGUCGUCGCGUACGGCCAGUGUGUCCAGUGACUUGAAAAGCAUCGAGAAUAUCGUGAACGGACUUGAACAAAGACGGGACUUUCUAAGAGAGCCAAAGACUGGUGCGGGGAAUAGUGUUAGCGGGACCUCGUAGGUGUGUGUGUGUGUGUGUGUGUGGAACAAUGUUCUGUAAGCUCACGAGUCGUGCCUGUGGUGUCUGGAACAUAGAACGGGUUUCAGAGCGGCGAACAACUGUCAACAUCUGCGUACAUAGACUACCUGUUGAGAAUAAGGAUGCCAUUGACGAGAACGAAAUGGUUGCAGGGGGGGGGGGGGGAAUAUAGGUUUAUUGCAAUCAAACAAAAAAAAAAAAAACACGAAAGAGGGGAAAGGUUAGCCUGGCUCCAGCUGCCGACUUGCUAUUCCCACUUACGAAAUGGUUGCAGUGUAGAAAAAGAAAGUUGUGGCAACACGAUCCCGCCACAAAAUGGGCAUUUCACGAUGCUGUUGUACAUAGCGAGAACUAUAAAAGCACCAUAUCCUGCUUGGAACGAAAGGGACGUCGUUCGAAAUUCGAACGACAUGUUAUUUAUUUUGCAAAGGCCUUGUAAAUAUGAUAGCGAAAUAUGAGUGGUUGUACGACUACCCCGGGGGCUUAAUAUAAAUAUCGUCAUAGUCAGAUUAUGCCUAGAAAUGCUUCCCUCCGAUAUCUACUCUACCAAAGAAGGCAUGCAGCGUCAACGAGUCCACGAAUUUAGUGGUAUACCAGUUCGUCAAAGCGUUCAGUAGCAAUACACUGUAUAAUGACACGUUUUGGUGAAUCGUGGCAACGCCAUCUAGAAUAAACAAGGCCCGAUCGCCACUCGAACUCCCCUCCAAUCACAGUCAUGCUCUCAAGGGAUGUAUAGCCAUGGAGACAAGCCACCAUCAACCGCAUGGAAAGCCACUCCUAGCCACAGGCUUUUUUGGGUGUGCAGAAAUCGUCUGCGGUGACUGGUUGAAGCCGGGGACGUCGCGACCUGUCUACGUAACGAAAGAGGGAGAGGAGGCGUUGAAAAGGCCUUCUUAAAUCUAGAUGGCGUUGGCGAAAGUCAGUUGAUAUUUCAGUUAUACAUAGAAUGAUGUGGGCGCGUAUAAUGCCGAUUAAAAUGCGGGUCAUUUGUGACACUGAAGAUUGUGGUAUCUGCAGCAAUACGGAUAUAAAGUGGCGACGGUGUUAAACGAUGUUACAUUAUCUGCUAAAUCUGUUGCACCUGCGUGAGACACUAUCAAAAUAACGCAUCGUCCAAGUGUAGCGCAGUGCACCGAACGUAUGUAAUAAAGGCAUUACCAUAGAAACUGA